AAACUAGUCAUUUUCGCAAGACCAGCUGUUGCGCCUCAAGGGCAGUCAGAGAGUAGGAUAGAUUCUGGCUUGCCUGCGGGUUUGUGCAACGCCAUGGCAUCGGGCAUUGUAAUUGCUUUGACCCUCAUUUUCUUGGGCCACCACAUCACGCACUAUGGGACACAGGCACAGUCUUUGGCUGUCCGUGCUUGGAAGUUUUUUGAAAGGACCAGCCAUUCGUGCACUGACGAUGCAGUUCGGGAAGAGCAUGUGAAGGCGGCACUUUGGGAUUUGCGUGCUAAGAUCUACCGACAUUGCAUCGAGUUUUUGGUGCAUGUGGUUGGCUUCGCAAUCAUUGGCAUGGGCUACAAACUGAGCGUCGACCCGUUAUCCAUGUUUCAACUUGUCCAAUUGUGCUUAAUGGGCUGCGUUUACACGGCCCACCACUCGGUGUUGAGUGGAAGGUUACAGUUGAAUUGGACAAAUCUGAGAGGCAUUUAUUGUGUUUUCUACGCCUCAUUCAUCAUCUUCGUUCUCGUUAACCUUUGGCAAAAUGAGACAGCAGCACGUGCUGUUAUCAACCAAGCAUUCAAUGUGUGUUCCCGGAUGAUCAUGUCCGUGAUCUUCAUUGACACCUUGACAGCUGCACCAGCACAGAUCGCCAUAUCCAUGGCUGAGGUUUUCGAGUAUUCUAUGAAAGAGGAGGUGGCAGAUACCAUUGUCUAUGCAUGGGUUCAGGUUCUCAUUUCCGCUGGGAUCAUUGGUUUCUCAGCAGUCCUGGAGUAUUGGGUGACCUCGCACAUCUCUGCGCUGGUGGACACGGAGUCGAUGUUGUCAAGCUUUCGACACAUGCUGCGCGGCGUGUGCGACGGGGAGGUCUUGCUGACUGAGGAGAUGAAGAUCAAGGAAGACGCAGAGUGCCUCAAGCAUUUGCUGAUGAACUCAGCUAGUUUCAAAGGAAAAGACUUUGAGAAGUUCCUUGACCCCGAAGAAGUGGCUCGGUUUCGAGACUUCCUGCAGCAAUCCAACCGUGAUGCUCUACAGCCAGAAGAGCGAAGGCCCAAUACGCCUCCGUGUUUGCGCAUUUCCCUAAGAGGUGCUUCAGAUAUACGCGUUGGCGUGGAUUUGUGGCACGUACCGAUGCGUGGGAAGGACGGCUCCAUGCAUCUCAUCGCCUUGCGCGAAGACAGCGAGGCAGCACAGCGCGUGGUGCUUGCAGUGGAGGGCCAGAAGGACAUAGCCAUCCCUUUUUCCAAAGAAAGUGAUUCGGAAACUACGUCGGAGACGCAUUCGGAGUCUCAGAAGAGCUCACUUUCGUUUCUCCAGAGCUUUCCUGAGCUUUCGGACAUGACCCUCUGUGUGGAUACCUCAACGCAUUGGUUCGACGUGGAACAGGCGCACUUGAGCUUUGUUCGGCAGCCACAAUCUUCGGACUUCUCGAUGCCGAGCCUCAGACGUUUGGUGCGUCCCACGGAUUGGGAAACGGUCCGAUCCAAGUUGAAAGCAGUUGCCGCGAGGAAUGGGGAAGAGAUCAUGCGGUUGAGGUUGCAAGAUGAUGCCAAGCGCUCUUUGAUUGCCAACACGGUUCAGAUUUCGGCCUAUCGACCACCGAGGGGUGGCGCGGGGGAGAUGAAACUCUGCUUGAACUUCAGCGACCUGGUCUUUGAGGGGAAGCACUGCGAGGAUGGUUUGGAUUGAAAGUUUGACUUCCACAAGCAGGACAAGAACCUUAAGGCGAUUGAAGAAUAGUGUUUCACCCGUCGGACGGAGUCUUCUCAAUUAAUUUUUCUCAAGAACGACCACAUUGAGCUCGGCCAGCGAUGUCAUCCCAGAGUGCACUUUCUCG